AUGCCGCCCAAGCGACCUCCGCCGCUCGUGCCGAAGAAGCCGAAUCCCAGCAUGAACUACGAGGUGUUGAUCUACCUCAACUCGUUCUACUUCGGCAUGUUCGCCUGUUGCGAGAUGGCCAUGGGCCUCCUGAAGGCCAUCAAUCUGAGCUACACGGGACACACUCUGGCCCUGGACACGGGGGUGAUGAUUAGCUUCAUUGUCUUCGAGUCGAUCCGCCUGAUAAUGGGUCGCAUGAGUUCGCUGGCCGAUCGAGGUUGGUCAGCCAUUCUGUCGGUCUUCAUGACCGCCCCCUGCUUCGUGGGCGUCUCCUAUCUGCUGCUGCUGCAGACCUACCGACUGCGCCUGGAGUACUGCCUGUGCACCCUGCAGAUAGCCCUCUACUUCACCGAGGUGUGGUAUGCCAUCGUCUUCGUCUUCUCGCUGUGUCGUCCAGUAACUUAUGAUUAGCCACAUAGACAGCAACACCAGCCAACCAGCAACAAAUAUACAUGCGAAAGUUUAGCAAUAUACAGGAUCGAAAUUGAAUAAGAUGAAGUGUAAUGAAGUGAAGUUAAGGUAAAUUGCAGAAGGCAGCUGAAUUGCUCAUGGCCGAGGAGGAAACCAAACAGAAACAAAAAAAACAUAUGUAGCAUAUUAAAACUUAUGUAUAGUAAGGUUUAUGAUAACAUACACACACACUCUUAUAUACAUAUAUUUAACGGUUUUAUAUACAAAAAUUGUUAACAUUUAAGCAUCAAUUGGAACCAAUAUAAGACAACAAGCAAAAACUUAAA